CUGAAUCCUGGACAGAAGUCGAUGAAAAUGGUGACGAAUAUGAAUUGAAAAAAUUCACCAUUCAGGGCCGCCAAUUAGAGGGUGGCAAGUCUCAAUGCGUUGUGACGAGACGUAAACGAGCCACAGUUGCUGUGAUACCAGUCGAAGCUAGAGAACAAGAAGAUGAUGACGACGAAGAAGAUGGUGAUGAUAAUGCAAAUAUGGGUUAUGCUGGUGCCUCGGCUGCACAGCCACAUGCCGUCCUUUUCUAUUCACCACAAAGUGAAGAAGAAAGUGAAGAAAAUCAAAAUAAUUCUCAAGAUGACGAUGAAGAUAAUCGUGAAUUUGAAAAUUUAGACAGUAACGGCAAUGCUAUGGCCCAUGUCGUGGUUAAGGCCGAUACGGUUAUUUUGGCCACAGAUGCUAAUGGAGAUUCUACCUUGGAGAAUGUAGAGAACUCCAAUGGCCAGGAUGAUGACGAUGAGGAAGGUGAUGAUAAUGUCGUAGGAGCACAAGCAGCGGAAACUAUUGAGUUGGUACAUGUACCACAGGUCCCCAUUAUUGGUCAACUACAAAGUGAGGGUCAAUCGUUGGCUGCCAUUGCCGCCACUGCCCCUGCUACCAUUCUCAAUGAAACCGAAACCGAUUCUGCCGUUAUUGUUGAGUCAAAUAAACCCCCUAAGGUAAAUCCCAAUACUCAUGCAGUUUUUGAAUUGGUCCCCGUCAAACCAGGCGAUGAUGAAGAGGAUGAGGAUGAUGAGGAGACUGAUGAAGACGAGCGCGAUUCAUUGAAUGCUGCUGCCGAUUCCAUUCAAGUGGCUCAAAUUGGUCACGUGGCAAAUGGUGUUCACAUUAUUAAUCUUGCCGAAUUGGCGGCUGGUGUUGACGACGAAGAUGAUGGCGAAUUCCAAUACAAUGAGGAAUUGAGUCCCAUAACCACCACAGCUAUUUGGUCAACCGGUGCUGAUGAUGAUAUCUCUCACCUCUUGCCAGUCAAAAAACCCAGCAAGGUAAAUAGUAAUAAGAUAAAUAAGAAUAAGAAGAACAAAAAGAAGACCAACAAGAAUCAGGUGGGCAAUAGACGACCAAUUCGCCGUAACAAAUAUAAGAAUCAAAAUCAGCUCUCCCAAGUCAAUGGCAAUAAGAGAAGGCCAUUGAGGAGACCAAAUCGUGGUGAGCUGAGUAUAAGGGGAAACAAGAAGGAUACGAAAAAGAAAACCAGCGUGAAGAGAACUGGAACCAAGAAAACUACAAAGACAAAGAAAAAGAAGGGCUCCAACAAGAACAAGAAGACUAAAAAGACCCCCGUUGUCCAUUCGCCCACAUCACCCACCUCUUAUACUACACCCACUAGUGCCACAACACCCACACAAUUGUCGAUGAACGGUGACAAACAGAAGAAGAACAAGAAAAAGAAUAACAAUCGUAGAAACAGACGGAAAAAUAAACGCAAUUCUCAACGACAAUUUAACAACAACGGCGACAAAAUAAUGGGUGAUGCCGAUGAGGACAUCUACAGUCAGACAGUAACCGAAACCGAAGAACCCGAGAGCGGUAAUGUUAACUGCAUUUAUAUACGCAAAGAUCCACCAACAACAACGACGACAACACCACGUCCCUUCUGGAAUUUGUUAGGACGCAGUGCUGGCAAUGAUGUGCCCGUUGCGUCGGGACGUUAUGGCUUGCGUAAGCGUGUCAACUUACGUCCUCUAGCUUAAGCUUAGUAUUAUUGAAAUGUAUUAGACGAA